AGGUGUCUGGGUCAACAACUUUGCGCGAGAGUCGGCGUCUGCCGCGGCGCCCAUUCAUUGCCCCCGGCGCCCUCCUGUCCGGCGGGAAGGGAAUCGGGCCGGGCGCGGCCGGCACUCUGAGAACUGAGGCCGGGGCAGGGGCCGAGAGCGCUGCCGACCCCCGCGGCCGGAGUGGUGAGGGUGGCUGCGUCCAUGCAGUCGUGCGCCAGGGCGUGGGGGCUGCGCCUGGGCCAUGGCGUCGGGGGUGGCCGCCGCCUGGCGCGGGGCGCGGGCCCGAGCUGGGCGCCGCGGGGUCGAGAGCGCAGUAGCGGCGGCGGGGCGGGCGGCGGGACCGGGACCUCGCGCCUCCUCGAGCGCCUCCUGCCCAGGCACGACGACUUUGCUCGGAGGCACAUCGGCCCCGGGGACAAAGACCAGAGGGAGAUGCUGCAGGCUCUGGGGCUGGAGAGCAUCGAUGAACUGAUUGAGAAGACUGUCCCCGCUAGCAUCCGCUUGAAAAGACCCUUGAAAAUGGAAGACCCUAUUUGUGAAAAUGAAAUCCUUGCGACUCUGCAUGCCAUUUCAAGCAAAAACCAGAUCUGGAGGUCGUACAUUGGCAUGGGCUAUUACAACUGCUCAGUGCCGCAAGCCAUUCUGCGGAACUUGCUGGAGAACUCAGGAUGGAUCACCCAGUACACUCCGUACCAGCCCGAAGUGUCUCAGGGGAGGCUGGAGAGUUUGCUUAACUUCCAGACCAUGGUUUGCGACCUCACAGGCAUGGACACAGCCAACGCAUCCCUGCUGGAUGAGGCAACUGCGGCAGCGGAGGCCAUGCAGCUGUGUCACAGACAUAAUAAGAGGAAGAAAUUUUUUGUCGACCCUCGUUGCCACCCGCAGACGAUAGCUGUUGUCCAGACCCGCGCCAAGUUUCGUGGAGUCCUCGUUGAGUUGAAAUUACCCCAUGAAAUGGACUUCAGUGGAAAAGAUGUCAGUGGAGUGUUGUUCCAAUACCCAGACACCGAGGGAAAGGUGGAGGACUUCACAGAACUGGUGGAGCGAGCCCAUGAGAAUGGGAGCCUGACCUGCUGUGCUACUGAUCUUCUAGCUCUGUGUAUCUUGAGGCCCCCUGGAGAAUUCGGGGUGGACAUCGCCCUAGGAAACUCUCAGAGGUUUGGCGUGCCACUAGGCUAUGGGGGACCACACGCAGCCUUUUUUGCUGUCAAAGAAAACUUGGUGAGGAUGGCACCUGGCAGGAUGGUUGGUGUGACGAGGGAUGCCACUGGCAAAGAAGUCUACCGCCUUGCUCUUCAAACCCGAGAACAGCACAUCCGGAGAGACAAAGCUACCAGCAACAUCUGUACGGCUCAGGCCCUUUUGGCCAAUGUGGCUGCCAUGUUCGCCAUCUACCAUGGUUCCCAUGGGCUAAAGCAUAUUGCCAGGAGAGUGCAUAAUGCCACUUUGAUUUUGUCAGAAGGUCUCAAGCGAGCAGGUCACUGCCUCCAUCACGACAUGUUCUUUGACACCUUGAAGGUUCAGUGUGGCUGCUCGUUGAAGGAGGUCUUGACCAGGGCUGCUCAGCGGCAAAUCAACUUUCGUCUCUUCGAGGAUGGCACACUUGGUAUCUCUCUAGAUGAGACCGUUAAUGAGAGCGAUCUGGAUGAUUUGUUGUGGAUCUUUGGCUGUGAGUCAUCUGCAGAACUGGUGGCCGAAAGUAUGGGGGAGGAGCAGAGAGGUAUCCCAGGGUCCACAUUCAAGAGAACUAGCCCGUUCCUCACACAUCAGGUGUUCAACAGCUAUCACUCAGAAACAAAUAUUGUCCGGUACAUGAAGAAACUAGAAAACAAAGAUAUUUCCCUUGUUCACAGCAUGAUUCCACUGGGAUCCUGCACCAUGAAGCUCAACAGCUCAUCUGAACUCACACCCAUCUCAUGGAAAGAAUUUGCAAACAUCCAUCCCUUUGUGCCUCUGGACCAAGCUCAAGGGUACCAGCAGCUCUUCCGAGAGCUUGAGAAGGAUUUGUGUGAGCUCACAGGUUAUGACCAAGUCUCUUUCCAGCCCAAUAGUGGAGCUCAGGGGGAAUAUGCCGGACUGGCCACCAUCCGAGCAUACUUAGACCAUAAAGGAGAGCAGCACAGAACGGUUUGCCUCAUUCCCAAAUCAGCACAUGGGACCAAUCCGGCCAGCGCUCACAUGGCGGGCAUGAAGAUCCAGCCUGUGGAGGUGGACAAAUACGGAAAUAUCGACACCGCUCACCUCCAGGCCAUGGUUGAUAAGCACAAGGAGAACCUGGCCGCUAUCAUGAUUACCUACCCAUCCACCAAUGGGGUGUUUGAGGAGAAUAUUAGUGACGUGUGUGCCCUGAUCCACCAGCACGGAGGACAGGUCUACCUCGACGGGGCCAAUAUGAAUGCUCAGGUGGGAAUUUGUCGUCCAGGAGACUUUGGGUCUGAUGUCUCGCACCUAAAUCUUCACAAGACCUUUUGCAUUCCUCAUGGAGGCGGUGGCCCUGGCAUGGGGCCUAUUGGAGUGAAGAAGCAUCUUGCCCCGUUUCUUCCCAAUCAUCCUAUGAUUUCCAUAAAGCCAAAUGAGGGCACCUGGCCUGUGGGGACCAUCAGCGCAGCCCCCUGGGGCUCCAGUUCCAUCCUGCCCAUUUCAUGGGCUUACAUCAAGAUGAUGGGAAGCAAAGGCCUUAAACAGGCCACAGAAAUUGCUAUAUUAAAUGCCAACUACAUGGCUAAGCGAUUAGAAAAACACUACAGGAUCCUUUUUAGGGGUGCAAGAGGUUAUGUGGCUCAUGAAUUCAUUUUGGAUACAAGACCCUUCAAAAAGUCUGCAAAUAUUGAGGCUGUAGAUGUGGCCAAGAGGCUACAGGAUUACGGAUUUCAUGCCCCUACCAUGUCCUGGCCUGUGGCAGGGACUCUCAUGGUUGAGCCCACUGAGUCAGAAGACAAGGCAGAGCUGGACAGGUUCUGUGACGCCAUGAUCAGUAUUCGGCAAGAAAUUGCUGACAUCGAAGAGGGCCGCAGCGACCCUAGGGUCAACCCGCUAAAGAUGUCUCCACACUCCCUGACCUGUGUCACGUCUUCCCACUGGGAUCGACCAUACUCCAGAGAGGUGGCAGCAUUCCCACUCCCCUUUGUGAAACCAGAGAACAAAUUUUGGCCAACUAUUUCCCGGAUUGAUGACAUAUAUGGAGAUCAGCAUCUGGUUUGUACCUGCCCACCCAUGGAAGUUUAUGAGUCCCCGUUUUCUGAACAGAAGAGAGCAUCUUCUUAGUUUUUUUCUCUGUAAGUUCAAGGAACUGAUUUUAUUCCUUUACCUGAAACAUUUGAUAAGCAAUAAAUAAUUCAUUUCUCA